AUGCCUAUGAGCAGGUUCACUGAUACCGUCUCCGUCGUCACGGGCGGUGUUUCCGGCAUCGGCGCCGCAAUCACUCGCCGCCUCGUGGCGGAGGGCGGCCGCGUAGUCGUUGCCGACAUCAACAAGGAGGCCAUCGCCUCCACCGCCGAGACCUUCGGCGAGAACGUCGUCGGUCGUUACGCCGACAUGACAGACGAAGCGUCAGUCGCCGCGGUCGUCGCCGAGGCCGUAGAUCGCUUCGGCCAGCUUGAUGCAUUCUUCAACGUUGCCGGCGGUGCGCGUCCCGGCCGUCUCGUCGACAUGUCACUCGACCACUGGCGCUUCAAUAUCGCGCUCAAUCUGGACAGCGCGUUCCUCGGCACGAAGUACGCUGCGGCCCGCUUCCUCGAGCAGGGCGGUGGAGGCGUGAUCAUCAACGUCGCCUCGCUCAACUCGCUCAUGCCGAUGCACCAGGGCGCCGGCUACUCGACCGCGAAGGCCGGCGUCGUCAUGCUCACGAAGCAGGCAGCCCUUGAGCUCGGCGGGCAUGGAAUCCGAGUCAACGCCGUCUCGCCGGGCCUCGUCGCGACACCCCUCACGAAGCAGCUGACAGAUGUGCCCGCUAUCGAAGCCGCCUACCUUGAGCGCAUCCCGGCCGGCCGACUGGCUGCCCCGGAGGAGAUUGCCGCGGCAUGCCUCUUCCUCGCCUCUUCGGACGCUUCCUACGUGAACGGCGAGAAUCUCGUCGUCGAUGGCGCCUGGGCAACGACCGGCUACCCCGAUCUGCGCCCAUUCUUGGGUUAA